GUGGGAGGGGGAGGGGGGAGUGCGAGACAGCAUUGCAAUGCGAGGGGGUUGAGGAGGAGGAGGAGGAGGAGGAGGAGGAGGAGGAGGAGGAGGAGGAGGAGGAGGAGGAGGAGGAGGAGGAGGAGGAGGAGGAGGAGGAGGAGGAGGAGGAGGAGGAGGAGGAGGAGGAGGAGGAGGAGGAGGCAAAGUUGAUGAGUGACAGAAGUAGGGCAAGGCAGGCAAAGAGAGCGCACCUUGACGCACGCAUGGGCGAUGGUGAUAUGGCACGCCGGCGGCAGCAUGCUGAUUUAGUUUUGAGGCGCCUCAAGACCGGCGAGGGGAGCAUACCUUGACACAAGCAUUGGCGACGGUGAUAUGGC